AUGUUAUUGCUAGUUCCAGUUCAGCGUGUCACAAAGUAUCCCCUACUCCUGGCGAGGCUGUACAAGACCACGCCUCCAACACAUCCUUCAAGAGAAGACUGCCGUCGGGCCAAGGAGAAAAUCGAACUUCAUUUGCAACACAUGAACGAUGAAACGAAGGACGUCAGUCCAACCAAGCUUUGGCGACGGAUCUCCAUGAGCGUCGGGAGUGGAACCCCCCUGAAGCGUUCUCCUCAACCUCACGACUAUUCUACAAACCUCAAACUCCGAAAGUUGGCCCUGGAGGUGCUGGACUGGAAUCCGGAGGAGGCCAGUGUCGUCAGGGAAGGACGGCUGUUCUGCCUUACGCCGGACUCUAACAACUGGACAAGGCGCGGACGCUCCCUCAAAAUGGCAUCAGUACAUGUGCUGCUCGUCACCCAUGGCUCGCCGAGGGCCGUGUUCGAGGAUAAGUUCGGGGACGGGCUUUUGGACUCCGCGAGAUUUAGGAAUCAGAGCGCUGCUCUUCUUGCCUCAAGACCUAAAGUGUCUAGCAGCGAGACAAGGAGUGGCUUGAUUAUCUACAAAUGA